ACUAGCCAGCCAGCACUUUCACCUUCAGCCGGGACUCAUCUGUGUUAUCCACGCUUUUUCGAUUGUCUCGAAAACCUGUGGAUGUCUCAGCAAUCAGCCGCGCCUAAGCCUUCGUUGCAGGGGGUCAGAAUAAAAGCCAGAAAGGGAGCCGUGAAAGCUCACGCAAAGCACGAACCGUCAAUCUUCAGAGACCAGUUAUACAAACAUCUCGAAACCGUACCAGAAGGCGAUUUUGAUUCUUUUGCCACAAAACUAGUCCAAGCAGGUUCAACUCUCGAAUUUCUCAAAUAUGCAGACGCUCUUUUCGAAAUCGUCCUCGUUGGCGGUCUCAUCCAGCCUGGAGGCAGCUACGUUGAUGAUGGUGCACCGACUUCUCCCUUCACCAUCUUCAGCGCAAAGGAGCCUGUGGAGGUGGAUGACGUGAAAAGAUACAUCGAAGUCCUUAAUAAACUUAUCAGAAGAUACAAAUAUCUUCAGAAACCUCUUGAGGAGUCUUCCCUCCCAGGCCUUCUGCAGUACAUCCACCGCUGGUCUCCUGCGCAGAAAGACAAGCUGUCUACUGCGACUGGCCUUUUGAUGUCUCAAGGCCUUGCAAAUGCAUCGUGCCUUCAGAGUUUGACAAAGGACCAUCUGGUGAAAAAUGAUGUGUCUGUAAGCGUCGUAACCACCAUUUUCCGUUGCUAUCUAUUGGACCAAUCCAUGGAUCAUCUCUCGGGCACCUUGAAGCGUGGAGGGAUCAAAGAUAUUCUCGCAUUCUUCCCGCCCAACAGGCGCUCCGCUAAACUCUUGGACGAGCACUUCAAGAAAGAAGGUCUCCCUCAGGUCGCAGAGUGGUACGCCAAAAAACAAUACGCCGUUGUCAAGGAAGGCAUCGUGUCGGAAUUGAAGGAGUUGUCUGACCAUGGAGAACCUCCUGAAGCGAUCAUUGCCGCCAUCCAUAGCAAACAGGAAGAACUCCCGUUGCCUGAGACAGAGCUGAUACAAUGUAUCUGGCAGGGUCUCAUUGCUUCGGUCGAUUGGAGCGCCCGCCCGGAUCAAAUUGAAGGUCUCGCUCUUCGAGAAGUAGGAAAAUUCUCUACGAUCCUCGAGCCGUUCUGCAAGGGGCCGAAGAUCGAGGUCGCACUGAUCAACGUCGUUCAAGUGUAUUGUUACGAAGACACGCGCAUUAUGAAAGCGUUUCCGCAGAUAUUGAAGGUUUUGUAUAAUAAGGAUUGUAUUACCGAUCAAGCCAUCAUAUACUGGUACCAGAAGGGCUCGAAGCCACAGGGUAGACAGCAUUUCUUGAAGAGUACGGAGGCUCUUGUCAAGUUUUGCAAGAACAAGAGAGCGACGAUGACGAUGACGAAUAGACAUGCGGUGUUCCCAGAUUAUUACGUUCAUGUUACGUUCAUGUACAAUUUGCAAUAGCCAUGACUACAGUGUAAUGUUGCUAUGUAUUAACCUGGAGUUUUCUUCUUCUUCCAAUUGAUAAACAAAAUAUAUCAUUGUCUUUACUGUGUAUACAGACGCACAAACGUAGUUAAUAUUAUGCA